AUGGAAAAUAUAGAAAAAUACAGUGCAAGAGUAAAUACCAACGAAUUACUUGCUUACCAACGUGAUUUGAAAGAAGAAAAAGAGCUUCUUCAAAAUAUGCUGAUAAAGAUUGAUAAGCAGAUACAUGGAUUACAAGUGGAACAGCUUCACUUACUGGGAUUAAUGAAUAAAUCUUUGAGAGGUGCAGAACAACCCAUGUCACACAAAUCAGUAGAUGAUAAUCAAGAAGAUCUCACAAAUAACUCUCUGGAUUUAUCUGUAGCCACAACUUUCAAGCAUUACGAGGAAGAAAUGGAAGAUGAAGAUGACAUUUAACAAUAGUUAAGUGAAUCUUAUAACCUAAAAGGAAUAUAAAUUAUGUACAUAUUAGUUAUGAUAUAGUUUAAUUACUUUGUUAAGCUUACUUUUUUAUAAAAAGUAAAACUAAAAUUCGUAAAUUGUCAGUUUAUUUUUAUAAAUAUAUUUCUUAUUCAUA